AUGGCUACUGAAGAAGCGAAGAAGAUCAUUGCAGAUAUUUCUAGUCAGGACAUUGACCAAUGGCUUCAGGUUAAAUCCAUGACGCCUGAGCUCCAAGAGUCAGUCCGCGGUCAUAUUCAUCAAGAGCUAGCCACCUGGCUCUUUUUCUGCAAGCUGGCCGCAGACUGUUCACGCAGCAAUAUAGCCCUGCAUGGAUUUUCCCAACUCCGGGAACGCUCUGCUGCAGAAUGCCUAGUUGACUUCCAUUGGCUUGAGAAAUACCUGAUCACCCGCGGCGGCCGGUCCAAACCCUCAUGUAUCGAACCGCCUCAAAUUGACUGGCCAGACAAUCCAAUAGAGCCUGUGGGACCCUGUAAGGAGGCCUUCAUUGCGGAGAAGCGACUCCUUGAAGACCUGGAGCGAAUGGCCGCCUUAGCAAGUAAAUGCGGUGAUUCACCACUGCAGGAUGCUAACGAGACGCGGUUCCUGCGCAAGGAGGUCAAACAUGUUAAGGAUUUGGGGGAUCUACUGCAGCCGGUGGUGAGGGUUUCAAAGCAGCCAGGUUUAGGGAUUUACUUGCUUGGUAAAGAGCUACGUGCUCAUGGGGGUUCAAUUCCUUGGGGAAAUAUGAAUAACCCAGAUAAGCAUGAUAAUAUUGCGAGGGAUAUUGCCACCACUAUUGUAAGUGUUUGA